AUGCAAGAGAACGCUCCUUGGCCGUCUGACCCCAAUGGUGGCCACAGUGCCGGCAAUGGCACCGGCGGAGGUGGCAAUCGCGACGGCUUCCAGCACCAGCACCACCACCAGCAGCAAAGGGUCCAAUACGACGUGGGGGACGAGCCGCCUCUCGAGUACGGCAUCUUCGUGUCCGACAUCGCGCGAGGCGUAACAGAUCAGGAGCUCAAAGAUGCCUUCUCAUCGGCGGGACAGGUCACAGAUGCUCUCGUCGUGAAGAACAAAUUCACCGGCGAAACCAAAGGGUUUGGGUUUGUAAAGUUCGCGACGUUGGACGCGGUCCACGCCGCUCUCGACAUGGCCGUCCUGCCAUCGUUUCGAGAUGCCGUGUCGGCCCGGGUACAAACGGUGAAGGUGGUGCGAGCCGAUCCCAAGAACGUGCUCUACGUGGGCAACAUCCCGCGCGGCCUCUCCGAAGACGACGUCCGGCUCGCGCUCCAGGAGGCCACCACGACGUAUGAGGUGACCAAGUUCAAGCUGUGCACGACCCUCGAGGGCGAGUCGAAGGGCUACGGGUGGGCCACCUUCAAGGACCACAAGUGCGCCGUGCAGGGCAUGCGGCUGCUCCAGUCAACGCCCGUGUUCGGGCUCUACCUCAACGUCCACAUGGCCGAGCCGCGCACGCAGGAGGAGGACAUGCUCGCGCGCGUCAAGUCGCUGUUCGUGCGCGGCGUGUCGCCCACGACCAACGCCGAAGCCAUGAAGGCCUUCUUCGGCGACGGCUGCGAGAAGGUGGUCAUCCCCCUCGACGUCACCACACGGGCCGUGCUCGGCCACGCCUUCGUCCACUUUGCCACCCGGCAGCAGGCCGAAGCCGCCAUGCAGCGCUGCCAGAACGCCACCCUCGAGGGCGAAUCGGGCGCUGGGCACCCGGUGGUGGCUAUCGGGGCGGCUAUCGAGGACGCGGGGGUCCGCCUCAUCGCGGCGGACCUUAUCGCGGACGCGGUGGUGGUUACCGCGGCGGCUACGGCGGCCCGCCUCCACCGCCUCCGCCCUACUAUGGCGCCGCCGGCGGCUACGGCCCAGGCCUACGGCCACCACCAGCCGGCCUAUGCGCCACCGCCACCGCCAGCGGCCUACAGCUACGGCGACCCGGCGACUGCCUAUAGCCAGCCGGGCUAUCAUCCGGCACCCGCGGCGACUCCGACGCCUGCCCCCGCCCCCGCCGCUGGUGCCGGCGACGGCACGACCCCCGUCGCUCCUGCUGGCACGGGCGCUGAUGCGACGGCGGCGACAAACUACAGCCAACAGCACCAGUACAACUACUACGCGGGCGCGGCCACCAGUGCAGCGCCCGGUGCUGACCCGUACUACGGCGCCUACGGCGCCUACGACCAAUCCAGAGCCGGUCCCGCCUACGCCUAUCCGCCAGCGCCGCCGCCGGACUACACAGGCUACUAUGGAUCGCCGGCGGGCGGCAAGGCUCUGGCGCCACGAGAUGCCCCGCGCUACAACCCCUACUAG